GUUGCCAUAGCAACUUAUUUCCCUAAACCCCUUAUUUUUUUUCUCUCCCUGCUCUUCUCUGGUAGGUCCACAAUGGUUGUACAUCCAGCAUCUUGCAGCACAAUGGUUGCAAGACGGUGAACGGGGAGUGAUUCAGCAUUGCAAUCUCGAUUUCUACGGUAUUCUUCAUCCAUCGCUGGCUUUUUUUUUCUAGUUAUCUCCAUCUUCACGUUUAUUAUUCUGCGCGUGUAAGGUCGUUAAAUGUCUCCCGUCGGAAUGUUUUGAACUGUCACCGGACUAGGAUCGUCGUCAGCUGGCACGGAAUGGUAUUUAUGAGCAGGCAUUUCUUCUAUUACUGCAGUGAACCAGUCCUGGAUGUGAAAAUAGCCUUUUGUCAGGUGUGUGUUCCUUACAGGUAAAAUAAGGGUUUUGGUAAACAAGUGGAUUUGUCAUACAUCGGCAAGCAUUACAACAUGUCUAAAAGCAAAGUGGACAACCAGUUCUACAGCGUGGAAGUAGGCGAUUCCACAUUCACAGUUCUCAAACGCUACCAGAAUCUAAAGCCCAUCGGUUCUGGAGCUCAGGGAAUCGUCUGCGCAGGGUACGAUGCGGUCCUCGACAGGAACGUGGCCAUCAAGAAGCUCAGCAGGCCCUUUCAGAACCAGACCCACGCCAAGAGGGCAUACAGGGAACUGGUGCUCAUGAAAUGUGUCAAUCACAAAAACAUCAUCAGUUUAUUAAAUGUUUUCACACCACAGAAAUCAUUAGAAGACUUCCAGGAUGUGUACCUGUGUAUGGAGCUGAUGGAUGCCAACCUGUGCCAGGUGAUCCAGAUGGAGCUGGACCAUGAGAGGAUGUCUUACCUGCUCUACCAGAUGCUGUGUGGCAUCAAACACCUGCACUCAGCUGGCAUCAUUCACAGGGACCUGAAACCCAGCAACAUAGUGGUGAAGUCUGAUUGUACGCUGAAGAUCCUGGACUUUGGCUUGGCCAGGACUGCAGGGACCAGCUUCAUGAUGACCCCGUACGUGGUGACGCGGUACUACAGAGCACCAGAGGUCAUCCUGGGCAUGGGGUACAAAGAGAACGUGGAUAUAUGGUCGGUGGGGUGCAUUAUGGGAGAAAUGGUGCGUCACAAAAUCCUGUUCCCUGGCCGGGACUAUAUUGACCAAUGGAAUAAGGUGAUUGAGCAGCUGGGCACGCCUGCACCAGAGUUUAUGAAGAAGCUGCAGCCCACAGUCCGUAACUAUGUAGAGAACAGGCCCAAAUUCGCAGGCCUCACCUUCCCCAAGCUCUUCCCCGACUGCCUCUUUCCCGCAGAUUCAGAGCACAACAAACUCAAAGCCAGCCAGGCCAGAGACCUGUUGUGUAAGAUGUUGAUUAUUGAUCCAGCCAAGCGGAUACAAGUUGACGAAGCCUUACAGCAUCCAUACAUCAACGUUUGGUACGACCCAGCCGAGGUGGAGGCGGCCAGGGAUCUCGUCCAAAUAUCAAUGCCGCCUCCUGCUAUCUACGACAAGCAGCUGGAUGAACGAGAACACUCCAUCGACGAAUGGAAAGAACUAAUCUACAAAGAGGUGAUGAACUUUGAGGAGAGGAUGAAGAACAGGGUAGUGAAAGGACAGCCCUCUACUUCAGGUGCAGCCGUGAACAGCAGUGGUGAGAGCCUCCCUUCCCCCUCCGUCAACGACAUCUCCUCCAUGUCCACCGACCAGACCCUGGCCUCAGACACCGACAGCAGCCUGGAGACCUCUGCGGGACCCCUGGGGUGUUGCAGGUGACUAGCAGCCUGCCUGCGCAACCCCAUGUUCUUCAGAAGGUGAAACACAACGUCCAAACAACCCAACCAACCUACCAACCACCACCAACCGAAACCUGAAAAAGAACAACAAUUAUUAAAAGAGAAAAAAAUGCUGAUUAAGAAAACAUAAAGGAAUUACUGUAAGAAUCAUGAUUAUGACGUUUAAGCCUGCAGUUUCAUUCAAAAACAAACCACAAAAGUAUAACGAAAAAAACUAAAAUAAAGUGAAAUAUAUUUAUUAACUUCUAGUUGCUUUACUUAUAUCUCCCCCUUAAAUGGUAUCAUAAAAAUACAAAAAGCUUAGACAGGCAUCUUUCUGUAAAGUGUCAUUAAAACUGGCUGUUCGUUCCCCAAUACCUUGCAAGCGUCUGUUCUUCAGUCAAUGUGGCAAGGUGUUCCCUUUUUGUUAAUUACUGUACAGUGCUAUAUAAACCUCCACUCACUUUCCCCACACCCUAUGUGACGGUACUGGUAUGUUUUGAUAAGCUCUAGGCUCGGUCCUCGGGUUAUCUCCUUGUGUGGGUGACAGAUAGGUGUGUUUGAAUGCUAUUAUUCCUGCAGGGGUUAGCGCUAGUGCUCCACAAAGCACAGCGCCCCCUGUCUUCUGUAAAUAUGUAAUUCUGUACAGGCAGCGAGCUAGGCACACAGACAGACAGACAGAGAGAGUGGGACUGAUGGCCAGUAUUGGAAGUUCUUCUAUAGCGCACCUUGCCACAGGACAUCACCGCCUUGACCUUUGCCCCACUAACCUUUGCCCCUGACCUUUCACCUUAGUUUAACCCCUAGCCUGUUGGUCCUGCUGCAUGAUUACAAAAGCUAACGCUAAUUAUAUGAUAAAUGACUAUAGAUACUUUUGUUUAUAUAACAUAAAGUAUAAAGUAAUUGAACUUUUCAACCGGAGUGGUGCCGAAACCCAGGGAUGGGGGAGCUCUGGUUGAGGAUGGAUAGCUAUAUAUAGAAACAUACAUACUGUGUGUGAUCGGUUGCAGGAGAAGCCAUUGGGACAUACAGUGCUAUCGCUGUCAUCGCUGAGUAGGACUGGGGUCAAUUCCAUUUCAAUUCAGAAAGUCAACUGAAAUUCCAAUUCUAAUUCCAUAUUUUCAUCAUUGAAAAUUGGAAUUUGGAACUUGAUUUUCAAUUUACUUCCUCAAUUGACUGAAUUGAAAUGGGACUGACCCCAACCCUGUCACUGAGCUGGAACCUUAAGUUCUCAAAGCUUUUUUGUGUUUUUGUGAAAUGAAAUGAUCAAAUCCCUUCUGACUGCAUCCCUACACCACUCUACAGGCUGUGGACAGUCCCACCCACCCACAGCCUGUCAUUCCAAACGUCACCUACCCACCAACCAGGGUGGUCACUCACUCUGUUUCUGUGUCACUACUGUGGAGUAAAGAAGAGGAGAGAAGAAGACUUUCUAUCUAUGUGGGGGGGGGGGGAUCAAGAGUUUACCUCAGAGAUUAGUUUAGUUCCUCAAUCGCAUCUAUGUCAUUUACAUGUCUACUACUUACUGUAAUAUCUACUACUAACUUACUGUAAUGACUACUACUUACUGUAAUGACUACUACUACUUACUGUAAUGACUACUACGUACUUACUGUAAUGACUCUUACUUACUGUAAUGACUCUUACUUACUGUAAUGACUCUUACUUACUGUAAUGACUACUACUUACUGUAAUGACUACUACAUACUUACUGUAAUGCUUAAUACUUACUUAUUGUAAUGCCAUAUUUUGUCAAAAGGGAAUCAGAUGAUAUACAGACUACCUAUAAAACCAGUAAUGUUAAAUAGAAUGAUUUUAACUGGAUGUUUAUUUAUUAAUGAUGUAUUUAUUAUUUCAUAGACUGAACCAGAAUAAUGGGAAGUGCCUUGUUUGGAAUGAUGCAGUUUCCUCAUCUUACACAUACAGCAGCAAGCAUUGAAAUGAAGUUGGUGUCUGGUAGGGUUGCAACAUUUCUGGUAACUUUCCCAAAAUUCCCUGGAUCUUCCAGAAAUCGUGAUUGGACGAUUCCCAGUUGGACGAUUCCCUCCCUGUUCAUUCCUUCCUGAUCCCAGGAAUCCUCCAACUAGGAAUCCUCCACCCCGGGAUUUCAUGAAAACCUGUGAAUUUUGGGAAAGUCACCAGAGAUGCUGAAACCUUAGUGUCUGUCCUGUCCUGUUCAAUCUGUUUACGCAUGGUGUCACUGACUGGACCCACAAUGCACAUAGUCAUCACUACAGACCGAUGCCAAUGUCAUCUCUAUAGGAAGUAUACUACGACCAUCACCAUGGUAUCGUUGCAUCUUUGAAUAACUGAAUAAUGUAGAAAUUGAAACCUACUUUUUAAACACACUGGAAUUGUUGUUAUAGUGCAGAUAAAGACUCUUCAUCAUCUACAUGUUCUUCUGACCUAUAUAGUUACCAAGCAACGGAGCAGAAUACCUUCUAAGAUGUUUUGUUUUGUAUCUGUAAAGUCUUAUUUGAUCAGUGUCCUUACAUUUCAAUAAAGGGAUGAAAUAA